AUGAUUGUCAGGCGAUCUGUGAUGGAGAAAUUCCUGUCAGGUCAACCAGGGAACCUUCAGAUCCAACCCUACCUCGUUUCUCAGGUCGAUUUCGAUUCCUGCUACACCAUGAACGGCAGGGCGGUGAUUGAACAUCCUACCAAUCAGGCGUUCCUCGUACCAGAUACCAUCCUCAAACCAGGCUCCAAUUUCUUCAUCGCUCAUGAUACCGGCAACCCAUUAUACCAAUGCCAGUAUGGUCUGCGAGUGAAUAUCACUGUCAAACAGAGGGAUUGUCAUUAUCCUGUCUCUCCGGAAGGAAUGGAAUGUUUAGAUCAUGGAUUCUGCUCCACAAAUAUCGCUAAUAGCAACUACACCUGUAGCUGUUGCCAUGGCUACACAGGUGCUUACUGCGAGGAACUGGAUGGAUGUGCCAGCCACGAGUGCGUCGGGGAGGCGCAGUGCGUCGAUGUUCGACAAGGUUUCGGGGGACACGACUACGAAUGCCAGUGCCCUGAGGGGCGGAGUGGUGUGCGUUGUGAGGUUGAAGUGAACGAAUGCCAGAGCAAUCCCUGUGAGAAUGGCGUAUGUGUGGACAGACCCGGUACAUUCCAGUGCUAUUGCGUUCCAGUUUCAGGCUACACAGGAGUCACAUGCAAUAUCCAGUAUAAUGAAUGUGUAUCCAGCCCCUGUCUUCAUGGAGGGUUCUGUGUGGAUGAACUCAAUGAUUAUCGGUGCGACUGUGGCCCCGGUUACAUGGGUGAACACUGCGAAACCAAAGUGGACCUUUGUGAAUCAAGCCCGUGUCAUAAUUCAACAGUGUGCGUGGACGAGGGAAACACAUAUUCAUGCGUCUGUGGACAUGGAUUUACAGGCGCUCAGUGCGAAAUCAACAUCAACGAAUGCGAAUCGAUGCCUUGCCUAAAUGGCGGGAGCUGCAGGGAUGACGUUAAUUCCUACAGAUGUCUGUGUACAGGUGGUUUUGAAGGCGCCCACUGUCAAAUUCCGGAGUCAUUUAUUGAGCACGAUGCACCACAUCACUCCAAUAACGGUCCUCAACAGCACAAUUAUUACAUUGUAAUUGGUGUUUUAGCGGGUGCGCUCUCAGUUGCCAUGAGUAUAAUUGCCAUCUGUGUGUGCUGGUUACAAAAGGGUACGAAUCCGAGGAAAAUUCAGCCAAUAGCAGGAGGUGAUGAUGACAGAUUUUUCUACAACAUCAGCAGUGUAACCAAACCUCGUCCAUCGGUUCAAGCUAUCUACGAACUAACGUCCCUAAACUAUAACGCCCAGGUCGACGAGCCUCUCAUUUCGCUCAAACCCAAGUCGAUAUAACGCAUCCUCAUACACUUCCUCAGCUGAAUGUAUCAUAGUGUAGAUAAUCAUUUAUUGUGUGCUUGCCAAUGUAACCAUGUCUGUGGGUGGGUGAUUAUCACAUUUUUAUACCAUUUCGACGUUGGAAUAUGUUGGUUUUAUUUAGUUUUGAUGUGCUUUUCAGGGAGGUGGUUUUAAGCAGUUUGGAAGUUAUGCUUGACUGUACACACAACGGGUGGGUGUUUUCAUAAAGCUGUUCUUAUAGUUGCAAAUGAUUUUAUGCAUCACUGGAGCAUGUUCUUUGGUGCUAAAUCUGUUACAUAGGGAUAUAUCAAUUAAUUAUAAUGUACUGAUUUGUAUAGCACAGAAAGUAUGUGCAUAUAUCCUACUGCGCUGUAACUAAGAGCUUAUGAAAUGCUUGAAAACAUAUUUAGAAAACGGGGGGGGGGGGGGGGGGGGGAUGUAUGCGAAUUAAUUGAAAUGAUAGGUUUUAAAUCUAAGUUUGAACGUUUCUACUGAGGCAGAGGAUCUAAUUACAUACGGCAAACCAUUCCAUAACUUUGGGGCUGCACAGGCGAUCUCCCAAAGUUAUCUUUGUAUUAUAAGUGGGGAUGUGAAGGAGCAAAUUAUUUUGCACAAGAAAAGGCAACCAGUCGUGCGUAAAGUCAUUUGUAAGUUAUGAACAGCUAUGUGAACGGUCUACCCAGUGACCCUUUCACAUGUUAAAUCAGGGGGUGUUUCACAAAGAGUUAAGUGCGACUUAGAGUCAUGCUCAAAUGCCAAUGUGAACAUGUUAUUUAGCAUGUAAUCUAAUUAAUGGAUAUGUGGUAGUGCGCGUCCUGUGCGUUUGAUCUGACCAAGACGGUGAUGCAUUAUUUACUGCACGCACCUGAAAUAUAAGUGUGACUUUAAUUCACACUUAAAUCUUUGUGAAACACCCCCCAGAUUAUCAUUGAUUUGUAUUCCCACAUACUAAAUUCUUGUCUUCAACAAUCAAUUUAAUACUUUUUAAAAUUGAAUUGAAUAGUAGAAAGUUAAAACAGGGAAGAACGGUAUACCUUACUUAGCGCAAAUGAAAGGGUCACAAGUCGUCUGUAAAGUUGUGCAUAACUUGUGAACAACUUCAUGAAAUGGCCCCCUGAUCAAUUUGAUGUAGUUUGUAUGUUCGGAAAGGAUACAUUUCUUUCUUUAUAAUAUUUGGGUUUUUAUAGCUAUAGGGGAACUCAUCCAUGUGAGAAACCCCCCCCCCCCCCCUUCCAAACAUGAAAUGGGGGGGGGGUGAAUCUACUCAUAUGGCUGACUACAAGAAUCUUCAUAUUUGUAUUUCAAGAAGUAGGUUUGUGUAAUUACAAUUUAAUGUUUGUCCCAUUUAAUUUGAUAUUGCUUAUGAAAUAGCCACACUCUCUAUACCAAACAAUUCCUUUAAUCAAAACAUUCCCUAAAAUACAAGAAUAUCCAUUAAUACA